CAUCAGGUAAGUAAACCAUUUAUAUACAGCUGCUACUCUAUUAACCUAAUAAAUAACAAUGUAGGAGCUGUGUACUUCUUUUUAUUAAUCUUAUUAAGGUCGCUUAUCACCAGAGAUCAUAUGACGACAAAGGUUGUCAUUCCAAGUCAAGGACCGAUGUCGAGGAUGCUGAAAGUAGCAAAGGUGGCCUCGAUAGUGUCUAAUAGGAUCGCCAAAGACUCUAAAGAAGAGCAGUUUCUAGUCCAAUGGCAGUCGGCAUCAGCAUCAGACAAGCCUCCACUAAGCUGGCACAAUCUAAGCGACCUUUUCAUGUGCUUGGAAUUGGUUCAAGACUAUCUUGAUGCUAGAGACGAGGCUAUAAAGCGCGCUCCACCACUGUCUAAAACCUCGCUGAAGAGGAAGGCAGCACACUUUGAGGCUGACACAGACCCCCCAAUUUCUUUCGGUCUAUCGCUAUCAUCUCGGUCACCUUCAGUCGCAUCGACAACGUCGUCAGCUCCGCUUUCCGUUGAUGUGUACAACGGAGUCCUUGAUCGGGACGAGGAGGGAUUAUAUUUCUGCCGGAGCGACCCAGAUGCUCCACAGCUUUCAAAUGCUCCCACCCCAGAGAUGGUUCGAAUCUCGCAUCAAUCGAAGGUCGACAAAGCCUAUCAUAGAAUACGCGCCAAGUAUGUGGCUCGCUUGAACAAGGUACCCGGCAAGCCUAUUCACCUUGUUAACACUUAUGACCAAACUUCGCCGUCACUACGCUUUCGAUUCAUUCCAGAAUAUAUCCUUCGUGAGGGAGUCAAUAAAGCCGAUCCUGCUACACAAGAAGGGUGUCAAUCAUGCUCGCCACAUAUGGGACGUUGUAUAGGCUGCGAGUACACUCAGAAGUGUGAGUGUCUGGAAUAUGCCGCCGUCAACGAAGCAGCGAUCACGGAUCCUACUGUUAUGUCCGCUUACAGGGAAGCCAAAGAUAAAGGGAAUUCGUUGGCCAAAUUUCCCAAGCGGUUCCCUUAUUACGCCGAAGGCACCAAGAUCCAACGUGCAGGUACUCUGGUGCCUUUCUAUCUUGAUUCGCGUCGACCAAUAUACGAGUGCAAUGAUAACUGCCGAUGCGGUCUUCAUUGUCGGAACAAGAAUGUUCAGUUCGGACGAACAAUUGACGUCGAGAUUUUCAAAACCGACGGAGGACGUGGAUGGGGUCUACGAUGUCCUCAGCAAUUGUAUCAAGGGCAGUUUAUUGAUACAUACCGUGGAGAGGUCAUCACGGAUACCGAAGCAACCCUACGAGAAGAGACAGCCGGUAAAGCAAAAGCGUCAUACCUUUAUAGCUUGGACAAAUUCGGAGAGAGUGAGGGUCUCAGCGACGAGCAGUUGUAUGUCGUGGACGGCGAGUUCUUUGGCGGUCCCACCAAAUUCAUGAAUCAUAGCUGCGAGCCGAAUUGCCGACAAUACACAGUGAGCUACAACAAACACGAUCCCUUCGUCUACGACAUUGCCUUCUUCGCAUGCCGUGACAUCCCAGCUGGGGAAGAACUCACCUUCGAUUAUCUGGACAAAGAAGAAGGCGAGCCCAAUGAGGAUCCCGGACCAGACGCCAUACCAUGUUUGUGUGGAGCUUCCAAAUGCCGCAAGUGGCUAUGGACUUGA